AUAAGGUUUGCCUCUACGCUUGUACAAGUCAGAGUAUAUACACGACCGUGUAGGGGGAAGCGCAAUCGAACCGAGAAGCUGGGAAAAGUUGGACAAACACUACUCCCGGAUUCUUUUAUUCAGAGAGUUGGAUAUAUUUCUUAGAACUUGACUGAAUCAUCAACACUGAGUAGUUUCGAAAGUGCGUGCUGAGAACUUUGGCUGGGACUUUUUGGGACGUCAGCUGGUAACCAGGAAGUCGUUUAUUUGUCUUUUUUUCGGUUUCACUUCUAUGUAUACGAAGAUGGAAACUACUUUCUACGACGACUCGCUCAACGGUGCUGGCUACGGAUACAGCGGCUCCAAGGCGCUCAAACACAACAUGACGCUGAACCUGUCCGACCCCGCCGGUAGCUUGAAACCUCACCUCCGGGCUCGGGCCGGCGAUCUGCUCACCUCCCCCGACGUGGGCUUGCUGAAGCUCGCCUCCCCGGAGCUGGAGCGGCUCAUCAUCCAGUCGAGCAACGGGCUGAUCACCACCACGCCGACGCCGACUCAGUUCCUGUGCCCCAAGAAUGUCACCGACGAGCAGGAAGGCUUCGCCGAGGGCUUCGUGCGCGCCCUGGCCGAGCUCCAUCACCAGCACAUGCCCGGGGUGAGCGUCCCCUCGGCGCCGCCGCCGCCGGUGGCGUCCGUAGCCGGGGUGGCCGUGUACAGCGGCACCAUGCGCUCUGACUCGCCUGUUUACGAGGAUUUAAACACGUUCCAGCCAGCUAUCAGCACCGUGUCGUCUUCCAGUUACGCCACCUCGGUCCCGAGUUACACUACCACGGCCCCAAGCGCGUCCUUCCCGGUUUACGCACAGCCAUCCUCCUCCUCCUGUUCAUCCACCUCCUCUUCCCAUCUCCCAAUGCUCACCGUGCUCAAGGAGGAGCCGCAAACGGUGCCCGAGAUGCCGGGUGAGACCCCUCCGCUGUCCCCCAUUGACAUGGAGAGCCAAGAGCGCAUCAAGGCCGAGCGCAAGCGCAUGCGCAACCGCAUUGCUGCCUCCAAGUGCCGCAAGAGGAAGCUGGAACGCAUCUCGCGGCUGGAGGACAAAGUGAAGACCCUCAAGUCGCAAAACUCGGAACUGGCGUCUACCGCCAACAUGCUGCGGGAGCAGGUGGCGCAACUCAAGCAGAAGGUGAUGAACCACGUCAAUAGCGGCUGUCAGCUCAUGUUGACGCAGCAACUCCAGACCUUCUGAGCCGCCAACUGGUGGGGAAAACAAAACUUUUAAGUUUAAUCAAAAAAUCCUGCACCUGGUUUGGGAUGACACUGCGCCACACUGGCAGGAAGGACCGAGGGGGCUGUGCAAAACAAGUUCCACAGUGCCAUGAGGUCGGUCCUUGAGAGCGCUGCUCUGGACAUGGCAACAAAACAAGUACUUUCUGUUUGUGUUGUCCAACUGGACAAGACUUAUUUUUCUUGCUUUUCAUGGAUCAGUGGAGAAUACAUUCAGUAUUAGAGCUGACUUGAUAUGAACCUGCAAUUGACUUGUUUGCUUGCUGCAGCUCAUCAUCAUUAUUGGGCCAGCUCCUAAGCAUCUGGACACAAGUUCUGGGGUGGACACGUUGUCUAACUUUUUGAGUUACAACACAACUUUUUUUCUUUAUUGUAAGAAGUUAGAAAGAAAAUUCAAGAUUGACUUUGUUUAAUGGGGUUUCACUCAUUGCUAUAUGUAUAUAAGAUCAACUCGGAGUACUUAUGUUUACCAUUUGUAAUAAGUAUAAUUUUUUUAUGUUUGAAAGUCAUCAAUAUUUAAGAAAAUAAACUGUUUAAAAUGAA